AUGAUUUCAGAAAUUAUAUUUGAUGGAAUAGUCAAAUAAAUAAUAAAUCAAGUUAGAAAAUUGAUAAAUUAACAUUAAAUUGAUGCAAAGAGUCCUUCUUUUUUGGAGUUUAAAUCUAUGUAAUAGAUCAAGUAAUAGUCAAAAAAAUGUCAAGAUCAGCAUUAAAACUAUGCUAGAUUUGAUUAUUAGAAUAUCUCAGAUCUUUUUGGAUGAUUAAGAAUAUAAUAUUAGACCUACCAUAGAUUCAUUUUAAGCGUUGACACUAAAAUAACUGAUAAAUCAUCAAUUGAUCUAGGAGAUCUAAAUUAAAAUAAUACUUUGCCUCAUCAUACUACUAUAAAUAAAUCUAUUAUGAGAAGACACUCCUAUUAAAAAUAAAUAGAAGUUUAAGUUAUAAAUUUAAAAGAAUAAAAACUCAUUUAGUAAAACAAACAAGAUCGAUAAUAAAUCUAUUAAAAUAAAUGAAUGUUAAUAACAACAAUAGACAAUCUUUAAUAAUUAAACAGUAAGUUAGAGAUUUGAUAAGUAAAUAACAUCAAAUACUAAUAGAAAAUAUGUUUGUAGACAAUUUUAAUGAAAAUGGGUAUAGAAAAAAAAUAUAAUAAUAAGCACAAAAUUUAGAAAAAGAAAUGAAAUAAUGUGAUAAAUCAUUUUUAAUAAGUAAAUCUAUUGAUAAUAGUAAUUUACUAAAUUAAACUUCAAAAUCAACAACAGCUUCUUAAGGGUAAAGAAGACCCUAAUAUAUUUAAAAAAAUGAUAGAUUAAAUAUCACAUCGCCAUAAUUCAAAAGAUAAUUAACUUCAGUAGCAAAAAAGGACUUCUCUAAAGUUAGAAAUGCAUCUAUAGCUUGA